AUGAAUAUAAUAAAGAGAUUGUAUUACAACUUUAAGAUAUAUUAUGAGAAGUAGAUUUGCAUAGAUAUCCACGCAUUUAAGCGCCUUAAGCUAAUAAGUUUCUUUUACCUUUUAAUAAGAUUAUUUUGGUUUAUAUUACCAGUUUUGAAGAAUGAGACCUUAGAUAAACUUACUUUCAUUGACUAUAAUUUAAGUAAAUUAGGCUAUAUGAAUAUAUUAAAAUAAAUGGAAGACUAUUAAAAUGUAUUUAAUUGGAUAGGAAUUGGUAUUAAUUCAACCCUUAUAUUAAUUUUUUUAGCUCGAGUUACUUAAUAUUCCUCAGACUCCUCUAAUAAUACAUUCUAGCUACUGCUAAGCUUUUUUGCUUAAACAUAUAAUUAUGUACUAUAUAUUCCUUUGAUAAGUGUAGCUUCUGUUAAAAUGUAAGGAAAUCCUGUAGCACCAAUCAACUUAACUCUCUCAAUAAUUAUAAGUUUUUGUAUCAGGAUACAUGACUUAGACUUUUCAUUUGUAGCCAAAGACUUCUUAGGAAAAAAGAAUCCUUUUAUUUGGGAUUUUGUCUUACAAUUCUUAGAAACAAUGUUAAUAAUACUAAAUUAAUUUGUUUCAGACCCUCCUCUUAGGUGUCUAUUUAGUUUAUCAUUAGCAAUUUACACAUUUAUAGAUAGUUACACUAAUUCAUUUUAUAAUAAUUCAUUUUCCAGAUUUUACUAUCUUUUUUUUUCAACCUACCAUACUCUUCUAUUAGCGCUUCUGCUAAUUAGUAUUGCCGUUGAUUAAUAAUUUCCUCUCUCAAUACUAAUUUUAGCUUUGAUUCCUAUAUCAAAUAAAAUUUCUAAGAUUCUAACUUAACAAAACGAGGAUCUGCACAGUAAAUAUUAGAACCAAUACUUUUUUGGAGAUAAAUUAGCAAAAUCGUCUAAAAAAAUUUAAGAAUUAGAUUUCUUCUUAAGACUUUUAUAUCAGUAGAUUGGAAUUGCUUUUGAAGAUUUUAGGAUUAAUAAAAAUUCAAUUAUCUUAGAAAAAUUAAGCAGCGAUCAUAAAAUUAAUUGUAAUGAUAAUACAGAUUGCAUUUUUUGUAAUUACUAAGCUUCGACUUAAGAACAGUUUGAGCAAAACUUUUUAGAUGGAAAAGAGAGGAAAGAAUUUCUCAAGCAAUUUAUUAGGAAUUAGUAUCUUAGAGUUAUCAAUUCCAAUUCUUUAAAAGCUAGUCGCUUUGGUAAAAGUACUUUUUACUUUACUUACUUUUACUUCUUAAUUGAAGUGGAGCAAUCAAAAGUUUUGGGAUAUGUUGAGAUUAUUAGACUUAAUUAGCUUUUACGACUAUCAAUAAGAGAGACUGCAUUUUUAAAUGAGAUAUUUUUAAUGGCUAAGUAAAAAUUUGAAUUUUCAGGAAUAAACUAUUCUUUUAGAUAAACAAAUAAAAAGAGCACUCUUAAUUCUGCAGGCUAUUUGGGUAAUGCAUAAAAUGAAGAAAGUUUAUUGAAAUAAGAAUAAAACAAAUUAGGAAAUCAUAGUAUUGAAAAUGUAAAUUAUUUUAUAGGUAUACUAUUUGAUGAAGAAUUAAAUAGAGUAGAAAGAAUGUAUUAUGAAUCGCUUGCAAUGAAGAUUAAAGUAAUAAAAAUAUUAAGUGAAGAUCAUAUCGAUCUUAUUGAGUUUAAAAAAAAUGCUAUUAAAUUAAAAUAAAAGACUGAAUAAUUGCAAAAAGAUUUAUAAAAUUUAGGAAAUAUUCACUACAAUAGCCAUAAAGUAUAGUACUAUAUGGAAGGCUUUGCUCUUCAUCUUGGUUUUGGAGAAAAAAAGAGAAGGCUUUUUAGGAAAUCAAAUCGUGGAAGAGCAAAUUUAUAAGCUUUGCAAAAUGUGGAUCAUACUAUUUUUGACAAGGAUAAUUGUGUAGUUUUUAUUUCUUUGAUUUAAAGCAAUCUAGGUAUAGUAAAGAGAGUUUAAAAUAAAUUUGAAAAUAUAUUUGGAAUAUAGAUCAAAGAUAUUGUAGGAAAAAGUAUCAAUGUUAUUAUUCCCUCACUAAUAGCUAAGUAUCAUGAUAAAAUGAUUUAGUAGUAUUUAUAAAAUUCAAGCUAAUCUGAAUUUUAGCAGUCUUUGAGAAAAACUUAAGUAGAAAAUAAAAAAUUAGAAAGCACUUAUUAGUCAGAGUAUGAUGACACAAAGUCUAAGUUGAUGAAACUUGUUUAAAAUAAUUAGCAAAAUAUUUAAAAAAAGAUAAUUGAACCUAAUAAUUACUUUUCUUUACUUAUGGCAAGAAAUAGUAGUGGUUGGGGAGUACCAAUAUCAUUGCAGUUUAAAAUAGAUUGUAUUGGUUAGUCUGACUGUGGAAUAACGAGUCAUAUUAAAAAUAUUUAAACAGAUUACUAUUAUAUCAUGACUAAUACAAGAAACUUUCAAAUUUAGUUAGCAACUUAAAAUAUUUUUGAUAGGUUAUUUUCUAAAUAUUUACAGAAAAGUGAAUUAUAGAAUAUUUGCUUAAAUCGUAUAAUACCUCUGCUUCACUAUUUUGAGAAGCUUUGGGUUUAAGGAAAUAAUAAACAAGAAGAAGUCCACAAAGAUUUAGUUAAAACAGUUGCUUUUAUGCCUAAAGCAGAUUCAUAAUAAAAUAUAAUGAGCCAAACUUAGUUUGCAAAAAAAAUAUAACCUUAACAAUCUUUACUUUAUUAAAAAUUAGAAUACUAAAAUCUUUAAAAGGAAUUAUAAUAGUACAAUUUGGAUUAGUAUGAUAUGUUUACAGUUAAAAUGAAAUUUUAUCAUUUUAAAAACUCAUUCGUGUCAUACAACAUAGUUGAAAUUUAACAGAUAAGACGCAUUCUUAGUGUAGAAGCUCAAAGAGAAAACCUUUACUUACUCAAAAACCAAUUUUCUGCUUUGCUUAACAUUAACUUUGAUAUCUCAAAGGAAUUAGAAAUGCUGCAGAAAGCUGAGUAACUCUUAUUCUUAAAUUCAAAUAUAAAUUCCUAUGAUGAUUUUAAAAAUUUUAGUAUGCAGAUGGAUGAUAAUAAUAGAUAAAGCUAUGAUGAUGAAUAAAAUUAAAAAUUUUAAAAUAGGCAAGACCUAUAACAGUACAAUUAAUUGGGUUUUAUUCCAGAAAAAAAAGAAUAUAUUAACUAAAAAAAUGAAAUUGUUGAAAAUUUUAUCAAUUUAAAGAAAAAUUCAAAUGAAGAUGAUAUUUAUGAUAAUAAUUUUGCUCCAUAAAUUCAAUCAGAUCUCUAAAUGAUGAAAGCUGUGCAAACUAAAAAAGAAUAUGAAUAAAAUUCUUAAAUGAAUAUGAAUCACAAUAGCAUGAUGAUUAACUAAUCUUCUUCUCUUCUAAUGGGUUCUAUAGGCAAUAUAAAUACAGCUAGACAUGGGGAAGAAGAUUACUUGUAAAUAUCUUACAGGUAACAGUAGUUUAAUAAAAAUGACAAAUCUUAUUUAGCUAAACAAUUUUCAGAAUAAGGAGGGGCUUACCCCGAGCUUAAUUCAAUUAUGCAAGCUCUUUAAUACAAAUAAGGAGAUGAAAAUAUCAGUACUUAAGUAGGUAAAUCUAUUAGCAAUUUGAAUUAAAAUAGUAAGUAAGAUAUACUUGUAACUGACACAUUCAAAGAUUUACCAUCAACUGCAAAAAAAAAUUAAAAUCAUGAAACAGAAGAAAAUAAUCAUUAUAAUUAUACUAAAUAAACGUAAUCUGAUUUAUAGCUAUAAGCUAAAUAUGAAACUGAUUAAAAUAUUAUAUCUCCAAAGUAGAAAGGUAUUUAUGAUCUAAUAAAGGAUAGAUCAAGUAAAAUGCAUAAUACAAGAGGGAAAAUAAUUUAAGAUACAUAAGUAAACAAUACCUUUUCGAAUAUAUCAAUGGAUUUUCCACAUACGCAUCAUCAAGAAGUAAACUAAGCAAUAAAUUAGACAGGAAAACAAUCUCUGAAUAGCAAACAGAUUUAAUUUUUAACUUCUUACUACAAAACAUAACCUUAAAAUUAAAGGUAAGAUCAUGUCAAAUUAACUGGUAAAAAGAUAUAGCUGGAGGAGGAAGAUAUUCAUUUCUAUGGUGCGAGAAGAGAUAAGGAUGGAUACUCGUCUGAUUUUUUCUCUAAUUCAGCAUAAUAAGAAGAAGAAAAAAUAAAGCAAGAAUUAGAAUAAAGGUCUCGUAUUCUGGAUGUAAGCUCAGUGAAGACUAGCUAAAGUCAUAACCAUGAACAAAAGAAAAAUAUAUAAAGAUUAAUAAAGUCAAAUAAAAAGGAUAUAUCAAUUAUUCUUUUAAAUAUUUUUGGAUACUUAGCUAUUAUCACUAUAGCAAUUAUUACUUUUUAUGAGUUUUUGCAAAUUCAAUCUAUGCUCAACUCAAGUAAAGAAGAUAUUUAACUAAUUCCUUGGGCUAAUACAAUGAGAGUAUCACUUACUAAUACUAUUGCUUUUGGAGCUAUGGCUGAUUUGAUUGAGUUUAAUGGAUUCCAAGACUCUUCUUUGUACAACAAAACUUAUAUUGCAGAAGUGAGGAAUAGAGGAAUAGUAGGCCAAAAAGAAGAAUUCAAUCUAUUGAAAAGAUACUACAGACAAGAUAUAUCAAAUAAGCCAUACUUUUAAUACAUCAACACAAACAUUAUGAAUUUUGUUUUUAAUUUUGAUGACUCUGUUAUUCCUCCCAGCCAAAAUCUUAAAAACAUUCCUUCUCAAAAAAUAUCCUUCAAUUUAACAGUUCAGCACUUUCUAAUAAACUUUAUAGCCAACAGUUACUUAUUUGUGAACUAAGAUUUUGAUAACAACGAAUAAAUAUUCUAUUAAAAAGAAAAUAUUGAUAACUUCAUAAAUUUUAGUACAAAUAUGUCAUAUAUUUAAAAUGAAAUUACCCUCCAUUCAUAAAAUGUAUUAAACUAAGUAGAAAGUUAGCAAUAAACUUUAAUGAGCUUAAUUUUGAUAGUUUCGUUCACGCUGAUCUCAGCUCUUUUUCCUUUAUAUUACUUUGUUUAGUAUAAAAAUCAAAGCGUACUUAAACUUUUCGCAACUAUUCCUUCUUAAUCUUUAGGAGGUAUGAGUCGUUCCAUUUAAUUGGCAAUAGAUUUCUAAAACGAGGGAGCUAAGUUAUCUAAAUCUAAGAUGGCCUUAAUUAAUAAUAAAGAUUUCUUACAGAGAAAAAGAAAAAAUAUUUCAUCCACAAGCUCCUUACCUAAAUUUAAAAUAGGACUUUUCUUUAUAUGCAUAUUAGCCUUUGUUUUAAUAAUAAUAUAACCUAUUGUGAAUUAUAUUUUAAUCGAUUAAUUUAAUUCAGAGGUACAGACCAACAUCAAAUUAUUAAGUGGACUCUAUAAUUUAAGAGCACAAAUGGGAAGUAACAUGGCAGUUAGUUUAAAAUAUCUUGUUUAUAUUUUAGUUCCUUAAAGGUUAGUAUAUAAUCCUCCAUAUUAUGCUUCUAGAUUAAAAACUUUAUCUGCUUCUAACUCUUAAUCUCUUUUAAAUGUUACUCAAGUAAUUAAUGAUAGCUUAAACUAAAAGAAAUCGUAAUAAGCUUUGUAUGAUAAUUUUUUUUAUGAGCUUGUAAAUGGAAAUUUAUGUGAGGCCAUAAGAAAGUAUCCAUAAUAUGUAAAUUAAAACAAUCUUAUUGAUCUAUCUACUUGCUCUACAGUCAUGUAAGGAAUAUUAACAAAAGGCUUUUAAAUAGGAAUGAAAAACCUUUUUUAACUUUUUGCAGAUUUACAUAAUAUUUUGCUGUAAAAUAAUACUUCUGUUAUCUAAAAUCAAGUAAUUUAAUGGUAAAAAACUGUAAAUAUCAAGUAAUUUGAUUUAUUGUAAGGAAAUUUAGACAAGACUCUAAUAGUUAUUAAAGAUUUUUUACUCUCAACUAUGAGCGAAAAUUUGCAAAAUAUAUUAUAGAUAUAGAUAAUAUUAUUGUGCUUUUAAAUUAUCUUAUUAUUGGUUUUUUUCUCUAUAGGAUGGCAUACUUUCUUGAAAUACGUUUAUAAUGAAAUGAUUGAAAUAAAAUAAUUACUUUCUAUAAUACAAAUAGAUUUUAUUAUUGACAAUCCCUACAUUAUUUCUUACUUAACCAAAUGA